AUGUCUGUCAACGAAAAGUUGAUGAAAGAAUAUAAAGAUAUUGAUAAAUAUCUGGAAUUUGUCACUGAUAUCCAUCACUCUCUACAAGAAAGACAGAAAAAAGUUCAAAUUUGCAUUGAUAAUUAUAACGACAAUCGUGAACAAAUCUCUAAAUACAGUGAAAUUGAUAAUAAACUCAAGAAAAUUGUAAGUAAUCUCGAAGAUGCAGACUAUGAUCCUUAUACAACUGCUUUAGUAAAAAUUCUCGAUAAUUCACUCAAAAGAAAAGAAGAAAUUACUACAAAAUUAUAUAGUUCACUAAUAGAACUCGAAGGAUUUCAAGAUUAUCAAGAUAAAUCGGACGCAGAUAUCUUUCCUUAUGCAUAUUUAAAUCCAAAUCUCACUACUGAUGAAUACAAAGCGAUCAAAGAUGAAUUAAAUGAGAUAAAUUUGAUGGCUACUUCUAAAGCUUCUGAAAUUGAUGAAAUUCUCAAAACAAAUCUUCGAGAUAUUACAAAUAACAGGUUUUCUUCUCAAAUUGAUACUGUAACAAGAAAAAUAGAUGAUUUAGAAAUUGAUAUCAACAAUCGUAAAUUUUUGCUUAAUUCAACAAAGAAAUCAUAUCAAUAUCAAGUUGAAUCACCAAAAGUUUCAACUAUAAAGCACGUUAUUGAUAGACUUACUACUAUUAAAUCCAAACCAAAUAUAUCUAUUUCAGAUACAUCUAGAAUUGAUGCUUUAAUUUCAAUGUUUGAAGCAAUGAUACAUGAAGACAUCGAUGAAAGCAAAUUCUUACUGCAUAUUAAUGCUAUGAAGUCAUUAUUAAAUUCCCCAUCGAAAUCAAGCACUUCUCCACUUCAUGAAUCAAAAGAAUUUAAAUUUGAAUCAGAAGAAAAGAAUAAGGCACAUAAGAAACUUUCCUCUUUCCAGUUUUUGCAAAAGAUACAGAAAGUUCGCGAAAUUGCUUCCAAUCUUUAA